AUGUCUUCCGUGAAUCCAUACACGAUCGCCGUCCCAGACGAGCAACUCCAGCGGCUCCGCCAGAAGCUGGAGCACGCAACCUUCCCCGAUGAACUGGAUGCCUCAGGUUGGGAGAUGGGGGUUCCCCUUGGUGGAAUCAAGAGACUUGUCACUGUUUGGCGUGACAGUUUUGACUGGCGAGCUCAAGAAACUAAAUUGAAUGAGCAGCUCAAACAAGUCAGUGUCAAAGUGGAUAUAGAUGGGUUCGGGAAGCUGGAUAUACAUGCCGUGCAUCACCGCUGCGAGAAUCCCAAUGCAAUUCCAUUGCUGUUUAUUCAUGGAUGGCCGGGAAGCUUCCUCGAAGCGACAAAGCUUAUACCACUGCUCACCAAGAACGAUGAGGAUGGCCCAGUAUUUGAUAUCGUGGUACCCUCAUUGCCCAACUUUGGAUUCUCACAGGGUGUCAACAAGAGAGGCUUUGGACUAGCUCAAUACGCCGAAACCCUCCACAAAGUAAUGACAACCCUAGGGUACAAAGAAUAUAGCGGGGACUGGGGCAGCAUGAUAGCACGCAGCAUAUCCCAAUUCUACCCAGAACACACGCAAGCAAUCCACCUAAACUUCAUUCCUGUCAUUCCGCCCUACCCCUGGCGAAGCCCCUUCCAAUUCCUAAAAUCCCUCCUAUCAGUCCCCUUCUCCGCAAAAGACCGCGGCUCCAUCGCCCGGUCCGUGGGAUACUUCACCCGCGACAAUGCCUAUAUGAAAGUACAAGAGACUCGACCCCAGACGCUGGGAUAUGGGCUGCAUGAUAGUCCCGUUGGACUGCUUGCUUGGAUCUAUGACAAGAUGCAUUCUUGGUCGGAUGGGUAUCCGUGGACCGAUGAGGAGAUUUUGACGUGGGUGAGUGUUUAUUACUUUUCUACUGCCGGGCCGAUGGCAGCGACGAGGAUCUACUAUGAAGCCUCGGCGCCGAAGAGGGAUGAUGAUGAGGCAGAAGGUGAAGCUGAAGGUGAUAAGCUGAAAACGGGGCAUUUGAGGUAUAUCUCGCUUCAGCAGGUUCUUGGGGCAAGGGCUCCGCAGAAUGUGCGCUUCGCUGUUGCACAGUUUGCAGAGGAACUUGUUAUGUUUCCUUUUGCUUGGUAUCGGUCAAUUGGAAAUGUGGUUCGAGAAACAGAGUACGACCAUGGUGGUCAUUUUGCGGCUUGGGAGGUACCAGAGUUGCUGGCGGAUGAUUUGAAGGCGUUCCUGGGUAAAGAUGGACCGGCCUACGGGGCUGUAGCUGACAGGGAUGGAUAUUGA